GUUAUAUAUAAUCUUCCAUUAUAAUUAAUAAAAGCUUUUAAUGCAACUACCCAUGAUACCUCCAGGGCAUCAUAUUCCACCUGAAGCCAUGAUUAAUCAUGAACAAUAUCAUUCCAAUAUGUAUAACUAUCCUAUGCGACCAAUCCACACUCAGUUUGGUCCACCACCAAAUCUUAUAAAUCCAUCCUUUAAUCAUUUUCUUCAUCCCGAAUAUAGAAUUUAUGAACUCAAUAGAAGACUUCAACAAAGAUCAGAAGAAAGCGAUAAUUUGUGGUGGGAAGGCCUGGUAUCCCAAUUUUUUGAAGACGACGCUAAGCUUACAAUGAGCUUUUGCUUAGAAGAUGGUCCCAAAAGAUAUUGUAUAAGCCGCACCCUGAUACCCAGAUUUUUUCGUAGCGUUUUCGAGGGUGGCGCUAUUGACUUGUAUUUUCUUCCGAGGCAUUGGAAAGAGAUAUACCAUGGCCCGCACCCGCACUCUUCCGGUCAUCCUAACAAUUUGAACAGCAAUAAUGGGGAAAAUUCUCCUUCCUUUUCCAAAAAUCUUCACCCUCCCGCACCUCCUUUUCCUUCUUUUCUCACUAUGGACUGCGAGCAGGCCACCAUGGUUACUGUAUUGGAUAAGCCCAUGUUAACCAAGAUUGUAUCGGAAGGGCGUCUCAUAUUGGACUUUUUCGUAUUGGACGAUAUUUUACGUAUAAAAAGAUGGCAUUUUAUUAUUCGACACCACACGGAAUUGAUCCCACGAAACAUACUCGCCAUGCAAGACCCCUCAGUGCUCGAACAGUUAUCAAAAAACGUCACUAGGUCAGGCCUGACAAACACCACUUUAAAUUAUCUCAGAUUAUGUGUAAUACUUGAACCAAUGGCCGAAUUGAUGUCACGGCACAAAGCAUAUGCGUUGUCACCUAGAGAUUGCAUGAAAACAACGCUCUUUCAAAAAUGGCAAAAGAUUAUGGGGAAUAGUGGUACAUAUUUAAAAAAAUAUCAUGUAGUUUCUCACCAUCCUUCUCCCUUAGGACCCUCAACUAACGGCGCUGCCUUAUUUCAUCCACAUGCUCAGCACAACACCCCCCAAAUUAUGCACGGGGUAGCUGGCCCAGGAGGUAUGCCGCCUAUGAAUAUGAUGCCAGGAGGCGGCAUUACCCAACACCACCAUCGCUUACUUGGCCACCCAUCUAGCGUCAAUGGUCGACCUUCCCUCUCUAAUUUGGGAGUAGCUGGAGCAUACGUCAAUGGUAAUGGCAGCAAUAACUUAAAUAAUAAUCUCAAUAACCCUGGCACAUCUGUCUCCUCGCUACCUCCCACUACCACCAAACAACCGAAAACUAGACGCAAACGAAAAUCGGACAAUAACUCCUCACAAUCGGGUCCAAGUCCCGGGAAAAAGAGGGGUUCGUUCGUUUCCUCUUCCACCAACGCAACAUCUACACCCACUUUGCCUCUCUCCUCUUCACCCCAUCUUCCCCCCCUAAAUCAAUCCCCUUACAAUAAUAACCAUCAAAGCAUAAACAUGAAUGGGCCAAUGCAUCAUUUUCCUUCUCCAAACAACCAACACCCUUCCUACCCCCCUUUGCAUCAGGCCCAAAUGCAACACCAGCACCAGUUUAUGCAAAGUGGGGGACUAUCUGAACCCCACCCUUCAAAUUACCUGAACGCGCCGCCCCCGCCUUCUUUUGCUAUGGCUUCACAAGACGUGAUGAUAGUGGGUGAACCAACUUUGAUGGGCGGUGAGUUUGGGGACGAGGACGAGAGGCUCAUAGCGCGUCUAGAAAACGUUCAGUACCAGGACUCCUCGUCCUCUUCCAGUAUGAUGUUGAUACAAUCAUCCCCUCUCAGCGAUACUAUCAAUAACCUCGUAGAUCCACUUAAUACUACACACAACAGACGGCUAGACCGCCCCUCUCACCCUUCUCUCUUCCCCUCUUCCUUACCCCCUAACCACACACAUCAUCAUCUUGGCAGUACCCCAUCCUCCCUUAAAGAGGGAGGCAGCCCUUCCUUUGACCCGCCUCAUUACCAUCCUAUCAAUCAACCGCCACCACCUUUCAACAACUACCAAUCUUUCAACACACAACAAUUCCACCAUCCUCCUCAAUUUUCUCGAUUCCCUUCGAAUCCGCCUAGCUGUUUCCCAGUCCCCCACCACUCGCUCACCCGAUCUCCCCCGCCCCACAUGAAAUCGGCUCCUUCGUCUGUCAAACCAGAAUUAUCUAGAGAGGGAGAAUUAGCAGAUGAAAAUGAAACCAAACCUGAAUUAUUUCCCAGUUUCGAUGAAAACGGCUUCAAUAAUUUCGACAAGGAAUUUAACCCCGGAGGGGGAACUAGAAGACCACCCUCUCUCCCACUCGCAUUUGUUGCUAGCAAUAAUUCAGCACCCAACAAUAAUAGCCUCCCUUUCGGACUCACAGCUUCGCCAUCUAAUAGCUUGAAAUAAAAUAUUAUCUGAAAUAGUUUCGGCAUUUUUGGACAUAAUUAAAACAAAGAAAAAACAAUGCAAAUGGUUUAAGGGUGGUGGUUUAUUGUAUCUAUCGUAUCGAGUCUAAAAUAAGUUAUAACUAUUAAUCUGAUUACACAUAUUUUUGCCAUUGAUAAUAAAAAAAUAUUAACACAAUAAUAUACUAUGGUUAUAUAUCUCGUAGAAAAAUUACAUCCUCAUUAUGCCACCUAUAAAAAUAUUUUCAAAAUGUUUAAAUAUUAUCAUACAAUUAUAAUUGUUAUUUAUUAUUUUUUGAUAAAUUUAUAAUUGUUUUGUUAUUUAUUAUUUUUCAAUAAAUUUAUAAUGUUAGACCUCAUUCGUUUUUA